AUGGCGGCGGGCGGUACCACCGCUACCACUACUACCACCACCGGCGGGGGCGGCGGCCCCGCGGCUCGGGAGCUGUUCGCGGAGGGGCUGCUGCAGUUCCUGCGCCCGGCGGUGCGGCAGCUCGAUGGGCACGUCCAUGCCGUCAGGGAGAGCCAGGUGGAGCUGCGGGAGCACAUCGACAGCCUGGCCACUGAGCUCUGCCGCAUCAAUGAGGACCAGAAGGUGGCCCUGGACCUCGACCCCUACGUGAAGAAGCUGCUGAACGCCCGGCGCAGGGUGGUGCUGGUCAACAACAUCCUGCAGAACGCGCAGGAACGGCUGCGGAGGCUCAACCACAGCGUGGCCAAGGAGACGGUGCGGAGGAGAGCGAUGCUGGAGGCGGCCGGGGCCUACCCCCAGGGGCUGCCGGGCAAGUGAGGCUGUGCCCAGAGCCCCAGGAGCUGGGGGUGUGAGCCCCACAAUAGGACAAUGAUGGGAAUGGGCCAGGAGGGGAGCAGGGAUCCCCCCCCCGCCCUGGUUGUGGCAUGGAGAUGGCCCCCAGGGUGAGGAGCAGGGGAGAGCUGCAGUUGGCUGGGCAGAGCUGGAGGUGCUGUAAUAAAGGAGGUGCUGAUGGGCUGA